AUGAGUUUAGAGUCUUUUUGGAAACGUGCCGGGAAGUCACAAAAGUCCUCUACUUGUUCUUCACCUAGUUCAAGGAAUCCUCCAAUAGAAGAAGAUGUUGUAACUCCUAUUGAUGAUGUGGAUAUUGAGUCUCCUAAUGAUGAUGCGGAUGUCGUGUCUCCUAAUAAAGAUGCGGUUCCAGUGGCUGCUUCAAUUCCAAUCCCUGAAAACACAACUCAAAGUAAUCCAAAUGCUAGUGUUGAGUCUGAUGAUACUCGCAUUUAUGAUGUUCAUCUUCUUCCACAUGAUCCUGGAAAAAGAAUUCCAAUUUUGGAAUAUCCUGCUACUGACAGGGAUGCUGUGAGAAGAGGUUAUAUUACAAUGAAACGUUGUGAUCCACGCACUCAUAAUUUCCCUCGAAGAAAAAUAGGAGGUAUGCGUCGAUUUAAUGUUGCUUGGUUUGAUAAAUAUGAUUGGCUUGAAUAUAGUGUGGAGAAAGAUGCGGCUUUUUGUUUUGUGUGCUACUUGUUCAAAGAUAAAGUUGAUUCUAUGGCUGCUAAUGAUUGCUUUAUUAAAGGGGUGUUUAGAGGAUGGAAUAAGAUUGGUAGAUUUAAUAUUCAUGUGGGAGGUCUUGGUAGUUUGCAUAAUCAAGCUUAUGAAAAAUACAAUUUUUUCAUUAACCCAAAAACAUCAGUUGCCGAAUCUUUUUCCACUUACACCACAGAAGCUAAACUUCAAUACAAAUCUCGAUUGACUUAUUCAUUAAAAUGUAUUAAGUUUCUUCUAAGUCAAGGCUUAGCUUGUCGUGGGCAUGAUGAAAGUGAAGACUCUUGGAAUAGGGGUAAUUUUCUUGCACUCUUAACAUGGCUUUCAGAGAAUAAUAGUGAUGUUGCAAAGGUUGUUCUAAGUAAUGCCCCGGGAAAUAAUCAAAUGACUUCUCCUUUAAUUCAAAAGGACCUCAUUAAUUGUUGUGCCAAAGAAACCACUAGACUUCUCAUUGAUGAUAUUGGGGAUGACUACUUUGGAAUACUAGCAGAUGAAUCUAGUGAUGUAUCUCAAAAGGAGCAAUUGGCCCUUUGUUUGCGUUAUGUGAAUAAUAAAGGGAAGAUAACUGAGAGGUUUCUUGGAAUUGUACAUGUUAAGGAUACCACUGCUUUGUCACUAAAAAGUGCAAUUGAGUCUUUGCUUAUGGAGUAUUCAUUGAGUUUGUCUAGAGUUCGUGGACAAGGUUACGAUGGUGCUAGUAAUAUGAGGGGUGAGAUAAACGGUUUGAAGACUUUGAUCAUGAAUGAAACAAAACAAGCUUAUUAUAUUCAUUGUUUUGCUCACCAACUUCAAUUAACCCUUGUUGCUGUUGCUAAGGAUAAUGAUGAUUGUAUUUGGUUGUUUGACCAACUUGCUAUUUUAUUGAAUAUUAUUGGUGUUUCUUGUAAGAGAAAGGAAAUGAUAAGAGAAAUAUGA